GGGAUUACAGGCUUGAGCCAUGGCAGCCGGUCCUCUGUUCCUGUUUUUCUUCUGUCCCUCUGCCUCCCAGAAUCUCUCAAUUACCCACCAGCACUCCAUCAUCCAGGAAUUUCUCUCAACCCCUUCCUGACAUUGUUUAUAUGAUUUUACUCCCUGCUGGGUAAGAAAGGACAGUCUGGGACAUGUCCUUAAACUUAUUUCUGAACUAGCUCCCUGGGGACCCUACCUCCUAAUGAAGGAAGUUGGGUUGCUUGAGAACGGGUAUGGUUUUAUUAGCCAAGAUGCUAGGAUAUCAACCUCUGCAGGAAUAUUCUGCGACCCCCUGCCCCGCUCUGAGCCUCAGUUUCUUUGUCAGUUACUUGGGAAAGGGUUGUAUUCCCUGCUUCUGGGGGCAAAAUGCACCCUCAGCCUGGAGUUAGCAAUAAUAAUGCAAUCAUUACCUGUAUAGUAAGAAGGGCUAUUUACGGAUGCUUAACUAUAUGACUGGCACCAUUCUAACCACUUCCCAUGGUCUACUGUUUUACACUCAAGAUUAGCGCAGAAGCCUCACAACAACCCAAAGAGGCAAGUGCUAUUAGGAUUCCCAUUUGGUAGACGGUAAUACUGAAGUCCAGAGAGGUUAUGCCACUCAUCUAAUAUUACACAGCGAGGAAAUGACAGAGCUGGGAUCCUCUGUCAUGGAUCCCAGAGGCAUGACAGAGCCAUACAACCAAGGUCUGUAUGGCUACGUGGCUUCCUCUUAAUCCCAAUGAGAGCCCUAGCUUGCUGAGCAAGGUGUAUUUGGGGCUCAUAGGACUAAUUAGGACUAAUUAAGAGCCUCCUUUGGGUGGGGACGCCAACUUGGUACAUGACAUCACGAAGCAGCACAGUGACGUCGGCCAAGGCGGGCGUGGGAAUCCACGCGCCUUCCAGCAUCCGUUAACGGCACCGCCCCCCGACCCGCCUCACUUCCGUGUACAUUUGCAUAUUCAGCGAACGGACGCCGGUACGUCAGCGUCGACGGGGUGACGUCAGGGUGCGCCUCUGCAGUUUCCCCCGAGCGUACGUACAUACGUACUGACGCACGCAUGGCCACGAGAGGGCGGGGGAGGAGUGAAGAGGUUGAGGCGCCCCGCCCAGUCAGCAGGGUUGCGCGUGCCCUGUGAGACCGCCAAGAUGGUGGUGGGCGCGUUCCCUAUGGCGAAGCUGCUAUACUUGGGCAUCCGGCAGGUCAGCAAGCCGCUUGCCAACCGCAUUAAGGAGGCCGCCCGCCGAAGCGAGUUCUUCAAGACCUAUAUCUGCCUCCCGCCGGCUCAACUGUACCACUGGCUGGAGAUGCGGACCAAAAUGCGCAUCAUGGGCUUCAAUGCCGCUGCCGUCAAGCCGCUGAACGAGGGGGCAGCCGCCGAGCUGGGCGCGGAGCUGCUGGGUGAGGGCAUCAUCUUCAUCACCGCCUGCAGCUGCCUGAUGCUGGAGUACUGGCGCCACCAGUUGAAGCAGCGCCGCAAGGAAAAGGAGCGACGCAUUGCCAGGGAGUCGCUGCAGGGCGAGGUGGGCCACUUGGGGCUGGCGCUCGAGGAGCUGCAGACGCAGGUGCAGGCCACGCAGAUGCAGCUCGCCCUGGAGGAGCUGCGCGCUCAGCUGCAAGAGGUGCGAGCCCACCUCUGCCUCCGAGACCCGCCUCCUGCGCCCCCAGUUGUGCCGGCGUCGGAGAAAUAGGAGGUCUCGGGGCCCUGGUCUUGGAGGUGACUACUGCCUGGACUGCGAAGUCUCCGUCUUGGCCUAUUCUCCGCACUGUCCCAUCCUGGACAGGCCCAGCUGACACCACCCAGUCCUUCGAGGGCGCCGCAGAGAUGCUGGGCUGAAGCCGACCAACCUCCCUACUAAACUGCCCCAGUGGUACCUUCCACUGGGACUCCCCGCCUCCUGCAGGUGGAACGUUCCAAGAAGGACCCCGCCCUCUCCCACCCCGCCCCUGCCAGCGCAUUGGUUGAGCACUUUGGAGAGGCAGCGUCUUUUAUCAGACCCCACCUCCAUCCGGCUAGGUAGGCCAGCAGGACGUCCACCACUUUUGGCAAAAGAAAAUUGGAUUCUGCACCUGGAUUUAGCCACCUCUCAUUCUGUCACCCGCACCCUCACUCACCUGAGUGGAGCCUUCCCCUAGGACGCUUAUCUUUUGCACCAAACACCCACUACCUCCACCUCAUUGGUACAGACCAUUGUAAAGAUGCACAAAGUUCGUACGGACUUCCUGACUCGCCCCCUUCCAUCUACCUCAGUCUUAGGGGGAAGGGAGGUGGGGGUGAAUCCUGCACAGUGUUAGCUCCAAUAAGUCACCACCCUGUGGCUCCUGACCUUAAUCCAUCUUAGUACCUGCCAUUGGCAUCCUCCCCUCCCUGAGUGGAUCGAUCCAACAGAACCCCCCUCUUCUUCCACCUAUGGCGCACCCUACUGGCAUGGCUAUGCUGGGUCUUCCAGGGCGACACCUCCCAGCCUGGCAUUCUGUAGUCUGUUCCAGCAGGACGUGGCCUUUUGGGAGGAAAAACCCAUCUUGACCAGGGAUAGUCCAUUCUAGCUCACCAGUCCCCAGUCCUGGACCUACUGCUACUGUCCUUUUAUCUGGUCAUCCCUCGCUGUCCUCUUCAGUUGCCUUUGCUAGGGACCGGCCUGUCCCUCUACUACCUAAGUCAUCGUCAGUUCGCCCAACUUCCCUCCAAAUCUGCCCCUCAGAGUACUCAGGGAUCGCCCUUUCUUCCUGCCUUUGGACUGGCCCAGGUCUCCCUCCGCCCUCCUUCAUGCAAAGGCCUCCUCCGGGGGACUACCCGUCCCUCAGCCCUGAGGUCCCCCUGUCCAAGCGGGAUAUUCCACCAGGCCAUAGGACCUACCCACCCGACAACUGAAGGGGGCGUGGGUGAGCUGUGACUCUGAAUGCUACUUUUUACAUACACUGUCAGCGUGUUAUAAUUAAAGGAGCUCUGGGGUAAAGAUCUUAA